AUUUACAACACUGCGUGCCCGCUCACGUUCUGCUGCGCCCAUCUAGAGGAUAGACCGAACCGAAACAAUACCUUUCUCAGUCACAAAACUGGAUAUCUCGCAAAGGGAGCCUUAGUUAAUCCACUCUGGAUUUACAAAAGCCACUCUGUUUCUGUAUGGAAAAAUUCCUUACUUGUGAAAACAUUGGUGCUUCUGUAGUGGAACGUAGACUACUUUUGGGGACAGUAUGUUCAACUUGAUCAAAAAAGACAAGGAAAAGGAUGGAGUUAAGAAGGAGAAGAAGGACAAGAGAGACCGAAGGGAGAGGAUGUCUGCAGCCGAGCUCAGAAGCCUUGAUGAGAUGAGCAUGAGACGGGGCUUCUUUAACCUCAACCGGAGCUCAAAGCGAGACUCCAAGAAUAAGUUGGAGAUUUCAAACCCUAUCCCUAUUAAAGUAGCCAGCAGCACUGAGCUCAAUCUAACCGACAUCGAGUCAGAUGGCCUUAGCAACCGCAGCAGCAUGGUUUUGGAUGCAGAUCAGCUCAGCGUGGCAAGCUCCAGUGAUGAUCUGAAGUUCGAAUACGGCCAAGAUGGCCACCGGAGUUCAGUUAAGGAGCGAGCGGCCAGGUUUGGCUCCCUUGCCAUGCAAAACUCGCAAAUGGGUUCGAUAAUGAAGCGCUUCUCCUUUUCUCAGAGGACUAAAGAUGAGAGUCCUUCAGAGGGCUCUACACCUUCUGGGCAGAACUCGGCUGCUCCAUCUCCACAGGUGGAGGCCAAGCUCUUUGACCCCCAGCAAAAACAAAGUCUUCAGCAGUCGCCACCUCCUGGUAAGAAGGUGAACAUUCCUGAGAUUGUGGAUAAGACGUUCCUUGCGGAUCUCCGUCUGCCUGCUGUCGUGCCACCUCGGACGCCCGAAGUUCGAGAGCUGGUACUCCAGAGAAGGAACACUGGAGAUUUUGGUUUCUCCUUGCGGCGCACCACCAUGUUGGACCGAGGCACAGAUGGAGCGGUGUAUCGGAGGGUGGUCCACUUUGCAGAACCAGGUGCUGGCACAAAGGACCUUGCCCUUGGCCUGGUGCCCGGAGACAGGCUGGUGGAGAUCAAUGGGCGCAACGUGGAGAAUAAGAACCGGGAUGAGAUCGUGGACAUGAUUCGGCAGUCAGGUGACACAGUGCGACUCAAAGUUCAGCCCAUCCUGGAACUGAGCGAGCUGAGUCGAUGCUGGCUGAGGACCACAGAAGGGUUGCGGCGAGAAACUUUUGACGGACAGGUGGAGGAGGAUCCUGUGGCCAUCCUAAAGGCAGACCAUGCUGCUGCCGCCCUUCCUAAGGUGAAGACAGAGGAGCAGAUAGCUGCAGAGCAAGCAUGGUACGGCUCAGAGAAAGUGUGGCUGGUCCACAAGGAUGGAUUCUCUCUGGCCACUGUGCUGAAAACAGAGGCAGGCAGUCUACCAGAGGGGAAAGUGAAAAUCAGACUGGAGCAUGAUGGAACAGUACUGGACGUGGACGAAGAUGACAUUGAGAAGGCAAACCCGCCAUCAUUUGACCGCUGUGAGGACUUGGCGACUUUGCUCUACCUGAAUGAGUCUAGCGUCAUGCACUCACUGCGUCAGCGCUAUGGAGGAAACCUCAUCCAUACGCACGCAGGGCCCAAUAUGGUUAUCAUCAACCCUAUCAGUGCCCCAUCCAUGUACUCCGAGAAGGUUAUGCACAUGUUUAAAGGUUGUCGGCGGGAGGACACUGCUCCUCAUAUUUACGCAGUGGCUCAGUCGGCCUACCGAAACCUUCUGACCACACGGCAGGACCAAUCCAUCGUACUGCUUGGAAAGAGUGGAAGCGGCAAGACCACGAACUGCCAGCAUUUGGUCCACUACCUGGUGUCCAUCGCCGGCAGCACCGGCAAAAUCUUUACUGCUGAGAAAUGGCAAGCAGUUUACACAGUCCUAGAGGCCUUCGGAAACAGCGCCACUUCCAUGAACACCAAUGCUAGCCGGUUCUCCCAGAUUGUCUCCCUUGAUUUUGACCAAACUGGCCAGGUGGCCUCUGCUUCCAUCCAGACCAUGCUGCUAGAGAAGCUGAGGGUGGUGAAACGACCAGAGGCUGAGUGCACUUUCAAUGUCUUUUACUUCAUGAUGGCUGGAGCAGACAAUACUCUCAGAACGGAGUUGCAUUUAAACCACUUUGCAGAGAACAGUGCUUUUGGGAUUGUACCUCAAACUAAGCCUGAGGACAAGCAAAGGUCAUCGCAGCAGUUCACUAAAUUGCAGGCAGCCAUGAAGGUGCUGGGCAUUUCUUCUGAUGAGCAGAAAGCCCUGUGGCUCAUUCUUGGUGCCAUAUAUCAUCUCGGAGCUGCUGGGGCCACGAAAGCAGAGGCUGAUGAAGCUGGACGAAAGCAAUUUGCACGUCACGAAUGGGCCCAAAAAGCAGCUUACCUCUUGGGCUGCACCCUAGAAGAGCUCUCCUCUUCUAUCUUCAAACACCAGUCCAAAGGAACCUUGCAGAGGUCAACCUCAUUUCGCCAGGGACCAGAUGAUGUUGGGACAGGAGACAACUCGGCUCCAAAGAUCACAGCUCUGGAGUGUUUGGAGGCCAUGGCUGCUGGGCUCUACUCUGAGAUCUUUACUCUGGUCAUCUCACUUGUUAACCGAGCUCUGAAGUCGAGUCAGCAUUCCCUGUGUUCUCUGCUUAUUGUGGACACACCGGGAUUCCAGAACCCAAAGUUAGCCAAGCGGGACCGUGGCGCCACCUUUGAGGAACUGUGCCACAACUACGCCCAAGAGCGGCUCCAAACGCUUUUCCAUGAGCGCACAUUUGUACAGGAGCUGGAGCGCUAUAAAGAGGAGAACAUAGAGCUUGCAUUAGAUGACAUAGAUUCCAGUACAUCACUGUCUGUAGCAGCUAUAGACCAAGCCUCAACUCAAGCAUGGGUACGAACCCUGGCUAGGACAGAUGAGGCAAGGGGGCUGCUGUGGUUGAUGGAGGAGGAAGCAUUACAGCCUGGGGGAUCAGAGGAAACUCUGCUGGAGAGACUGUUCAGUUAUUACAGCCCUGCGGAAGGAGAAAGCAAAGGUCCUGCCCUGCUACUGAAGAGUGAGAAGACGCAUCACUUCCUGUUGGGCCACAGCCAUGGCACUGACUGGGUGGAGUAUGAUGCUCGGGGCUGGCUGAGCCAUGCCAAACAAAACCCCGCCUCCCAGAAUGCGGCCAUUCUAUUGCAGGACUCCCAGAAGAAGAAUAUCAGUGGCUUGUUUAUGGGGCGUUCAGGAGGGGCCACAGUUUUGUCAGGAUCUAUUGCUGGGCUUGAGGGCGGCUCGCAGCUGGCCUUACGCAGGGCCACAAGCAUGAGGAAGACCUUCACCACUGGCAUGGCUGCUGUCAAAAAGAAGUCUCUCUGCAUCCAGAUUAAACUGCAAGUGGACGCACUAUUAGACACAGUGAGGCGUUCCAGGGUGCACUUUGUGCAUUGCCUGGUGCCUAAGGCAGAGGUUCUGACUGGGGAUGUGAAGGUGAAAACAGAGACCCAUGGAGAGAGCUGUGAUACAGGCCUCAUGCAGCUGGACGUGUGCUUGCUCCGAGCACAGCUCCGUGGUUCCAAACUGCUCGACGCUCUUCGAAUCUACCGCCAAGGUUAUCCUGAUAAUUUGGUCUUUUCUGAGUUCCGUCGUCGCUUUGAUGUGCUGACCCCCCACCUGACAAAGAAACAUGGGCGGAACUACAUCGUAACUGAUGAGAGAAGGGCUGUCGAAGAGCUUCUGGAGUCUCUUGAGCUGGAAAAAAGCAGCUAUCACAUGGGCCUGAGCAGAGUGUUCUUCAGGGCAGGUGUUUUGGCUAAGCUGGAGGAGCAGAGAGACAUCCAGACCAGACGCAACAUUACCCUGUUUCAGGCUGCGUGCAGGGGCUACCUGGCACGACAGGCCUUCAAGAAGAGGAAGAUCCAGGACCUGGCCAUUCGCUGUAUUCAGAAGAACAUCAAAAAGAACCGCGGUGUGAAGGGUUGGCCAUGGUGGAAGCUCUUUACUACCGUGCGACCUCUCAUCGAGGUGCAGCUCACAGAGGAGCAGAUCCGUGGCAAAGACGAGGAAAUUCAGCAGCUCAAGUUAAGGCUGGAGAAAGUGGAGAAGGAGAGGAAUGAGUUAAGACUCAAUAGUGACCGACUGGAAAGCAAGAUCACAGAAUUGUCGUCAGAACUCGCCGAUGAGAGAAACACGGGCGAGUCUGCCUCCCAGCUGCUGGAGUCCGAGACCUCUGAGAGACUGAGACUAGAGAAAGAAAUGAAGGAUCUACAGACCAAGUUUGAUACUAUGAAAAAGCAGAUGGAGUCUAUGGAAAUGGAAGUAAUGGAGGCACGACUCAUACAUGCAUCAGAGCUCAAUGGGGAAAUGGAUGAUGACGACACAGGUGGAGAAUGGAGACUCAAGUUUGAGCGAGCCAUCAGAGAGAUCGAGUUCACUAAGAAGAGACUCCAACAAGAGUUUGAUGACAAACUAGAGGUGGAGCAGCAAAACAAGAGGCAGCUGGAGAGAAAGCUGACAGACCUGCAGGCGGACAAUGAGGAGGUGCAGCGUGUGGCGCAGCAGCUAAAGAAGAAAUGCCAGAGACUGACAGCAGAGCUGCAGGACACCAAACUGCACUUGGAGGGCCAGCAAAGCCGCAACCAUGACCUGGAGAAGAAACAACGCAAGUUUGACUCGGAGCAGACCCAGGCUCAGGAGGAGGUGCAGAGAGAAAGGAGUCAACGGGAUAAACUGAGCAGAGAGAAAGACAUGCUGACCGGGGAAGUGUUCAGCCUUCGACAACAACUGGAGGAUAAGGAUCUGGAGAUAUGUGCUGUCAAUCUAAAGCUGGAACAGAUGGAGGCAGAGCUACAGGAUCUGAAUUCACAGGAGUCAAAGGACGAGGCCUCACUGGCCAAGGUUAAAAAGCAGAUUCGCGACCUUGAGGCAAAGGUCAAAGAUCAGGAGGAAGAGCUUGAUGAGCAGGCAGGCACCAUUCAGAUGCUGGAGCAGGCCAAGCUGCGUCUGGAGAUGGAGAUGGAGAGACUGAGGCAGACACAUUCGAAAGAGAUUGAGAGUAAAGAUGAUGAGGUGGAGGAGAUCAGACAGUCCUGCAGUAAGAAGCUCAAGCAAAUGGAGGUGCAGCUGGAGGAGGAGUAUGAAGACAAACAGAAAGUCUUGCGUGAGAGGAGAGAUCUGGAAGCAAAGCUAAUGAGUGCUCAGGAGCAGGUGAGCCAUAGAGAUGUGGAAACCGAGAAGCGUUUGAGGAAAGACCUGAAGCGCACAAAGGCCUUGUUGGCUGACGCUCAGAUCAUGCUGGAUCACCUGAAGAACAACGCUCCAAGCAAGAGAGAGAUUGCGCAGCUCAAAAACCAGCUUGAGGAGUCUGAGUUUACAUGUGCAGCUGCGGUCAAAGCCAAAAAGUCUAUGGAAGUGGAGAUCGAAGACCUCCAUGUCCAAAUGGAUGACAUUUCCAAAUCCAAGCAGGCGCUUGAGGAGCAGCUAAGUCGUUUGCAGAGGGAGAAAAAUGACCUGCAGUCUCGUAUGGAGGAGGACCAAGAGGACAUGAACGAACUCAUGAAGAAACACAAAGCCGCUGUUGCCCAGUCCUCACAGAACCUGGCCCAGAUAAGUGACCUGCAGGCCCAGCUGGAGGAGGCCAUGAAGGAGAAACAGGACGUGCAGGAGAAGCUCACAGCCCUGCAGAGUCAGCUAGAGUUCCAAGAGCAGUCCAUGGUGGAUAAGUCUCUGGUCAGCCGGCAGGAGGCCAAGAUCCGUGAACUGGAAACCAAGCUGGAGUUUGAGAAGACGCAGGUCAAACGCUUGGAGAGUCUUGUAGCAAGGCUAAAAGAGAACCUCGAGAAGUUAACAGAGGAACGAGAUCAACGUAGUGCCAGUGAAAACAGGGAAAAAGAGCAGAACAAGCGUCUCCUCAGGCAGAUCCGAGACAUUAAGGAGGAGAUGGCUGAGCUGGCCAAAAAGGAAGCAGAGGCAAGCCGCAAGAAACACGAACUGGAAAUGGAUAUCGAGAGUUUGGAAGCAGCCAACCAGAGUCUCCAGGCGGACCUCAAGUUGGCCUUCAAGAGGAUCGGAGACCUCCAGGCUGCUAUUGAGGAUGAGAUGGAAAGUGAUGACAAUGAAGAUCUCAUCAACAGUUUACAAGACAUGGUGACUAAGUAUCAGAAACGAAAGAACAAGAUCGAGGGUGCCUCAGAUACUGACUCUGAGGUGGAGGACCGUGUUGAUGGGGUGAAGUCAUGGCUGUCCAAAAACAAAGGCUCUGCCAAGAACCUGUCAGAUGACGGUAGCCUUAAGAGCUCAAGCCCACCCUCCAGUCGAAGACGCUUUUGCCUUGACAGAUCUGACGAGGAAGAAGAAGAAGAAAUAGAGGAAGGGAGCACGGGCCGAAGCUCCUACCGCUCCCGCUACAAACGCAGCAGUAGCAGCUACAUGAACAACAGCGAUGGCGAGGCGAAGCUUUCGGAGACCACCACGUAGCCGCAUACACUCUCAUUCACAUAGAAAGGAGGACUUUUGACUCGUAGUAUCAGUCUCUUCCUUGAAUCCAGAUGUUAGAAGAGCCGAGAGGAUUUUAGUGAGAGAAGUGCAUGAUGGGACACACUCUGCGGUCUCUCAUUCUCGGCCAAACCGCUGCACUCUCACAGUCUAAAAAGAUAACAUUUGACUUUUAUUAUUGAAGGAAUAGUUCACCCAAAAAUGAAAAUUCUGUAAUUAUUUACUCACCGUCAUGUUUAAUGACAUUCUUUCUUCGGUGAAACACAAAAGGAGAUGCUAGGCAGCAUGUUAGCCUCAGUCACCAUUCAUUUUAUUGCACCUUCUUUCCAUACAAUGAGUGAAUCAAAUGAAUUUUCAUUUUUGGGUGAACUAUCCCUUUAAGUAUUGUUAUUAUUACCAUUCUUUUACAUAUGCAUUGUGUGUAGAGCUUUAAAGGAUUUUAACAGCAUCAUGAAUUGUUGAUUCUUACUUGUUUUUGUGCUUUUACUUCUGACAUUCUUCCUCUGCCCUUCUAAAUAAGCAGUGACUCUACCAAACACUGUGCUUGCGUUCUUCGUCUGGUCAGGACUGAAUAAUGGAUAUUGCUUGGGGCAACGUGCUACAGCCUUUUGCACAGUCAGGGCUUAGCCAAAGAAACAUGGCUUUGUGUUCAAGUGUAAACUUCAAAUGUCUGGUUUUUGUUGUUGUAUUAGUUUAAAAGAAAAGAGAAACAAGAGAAAAAAAGAAAGAAAAUGUUGUAUUACCAAAAAAUAAAAAUAAAGGCUUUGUUUUGGGUACGAUUAGGUUUUCGUUCUCGAAUUUGAGUCAGAAUAGAGAAGGGAGUGCCAUUGAUUUAAGCCCAGUUCCCCUGCAGCUGUGUCUUUCCUCCAUCUCCUAAAACUGUACACACACAUUUUCACACACUCUCACUUCCUCCUGAACAUGAGAGCUUGUAUCUCUCUCCCUCCACCUCUUCGCUUUCAGAUGGAAAAGGAUUCAUCCUUUUUCCUCAAGUAAGUGAGAGAGAAAACCACAGUCUGUGGUGCCAACUGAUCAAAAUGGACCUCUCAGUCUUGACUUUGUUUUUAUGUUUUAUGGUGAGAGAGGAAAAAAGUGAUCAGGUCAAUGAUGCUUGAGGAGUGCAGCAUUUUGAGAUGUCCAAUCCUAGGCCCUCAAAGCUUUUUCCUUAAUAUGCCUUGUCUUGUUCUAUUUUGACUGAGUUGUCUAAUGCUUACUGUUAUGCUCAUAGUAGAAGUCUUACGCUCAGCAUGUUUUUUUUUUUUUUUUUUUCACACUUUGUUGAUGUUCUCAGGCUUAUGUUUGUGUCUUUGGUUAUAGUAGAUGUUUUCUGGCUUUCCCAAGGGAAUACACAUGACGUUGGGUAUUGUGAGGCAUUGUGGUUAUUCGUCAUCUAACUUCACUGAUACUGGAAAAACAAACCGCUUCAAAUAAUUGACUGUUGCUUUUGGGCUGUUGGGAUACAACCAAUGGCAUAAGAUGGAGAUAUUUGACAGAACUGAUACUGUGAAAUCCUCGCUUCCUUUAAGCAUGUCGACACAGGAUUAGACACAUCAAUAUUUUUGGCCUUAUCUAAUGACUUUGAAACUCUGAACAGAUUUCCAUUGUUCUGAAUGUUUCAUUUUUGCCUUGUUUGGUUGUUUUGCUUUCAUUGUAGUAUUUAUGAACUAGCAUUGAUGGAUUAAGCGAAGCUGCCAAAAUUUAAACCAUCGUCACCAACAGCAUAGAGAUAAAAGGGUCUCAUUGCUUCUCUUUGAUUUUAAAGGGAGACAGAGUGUGUAUUUUACAUGGGUUUUAUGGAACCUCUGCACAGGUCAAUAACUUUAUCCUCUUUUCUAUGCAGUCAAUAUUGGUUUUAUUAUGAAAAGUGAGUGUGUUUUAUUAUGUUUUUGGCUAAUUAAAACACAUGGCUACAAAAUGCAUAACAUUUGCUGGCUGUACACAUUAAAAUAAAAAAUAUAUAAAUACCUGUAUGAUUCAUUCUAGCUUUCAAAAUAGUUAAUGUUUAUUUUCUUUAUUGAAUAAAUGACCACUUGAUUUGAGUAAUAAUUUUGCAUUACAGUUUAAUAUAUUGUAAAUAAAUUGUUUUAGACCUG